CCAGCAGCCACGCCGCGCGGUCCUGUGUGCAGCGGGCAACCAGUGCGCCGUCUGCCGCCGCCGCUCUGAACGGUAGCAGUGAAGUAGAAAAUUUAGAACCACGCCCGGAAUCAAGCAUAUAUCUGUGAGGAACUGCCUGGAAACAACUCUAAAGCUGAUUGGUUGGCGUGCCUUAAUGACGAGGACCCCGGCUAGCGACAGCAGCUGGACCUAGGUACGACGGCCGCUCAGUUGGGUGGCUAUGACGUGAUGGAGAGGGCGCGCUGCCGUGCGCCGCCUGCAGCAUGGCUGCUCUCGGCUGCUGUCCUCUGCACGGCUGUCGUCGCUGCGGCGGCAGAAGCCGGCUGUCCUGCCGACCAUCUCAUACUGCCCUGCCGCUGCACCACGCCUCGGGACGAUGAGAUACAGAUCUGGUGCAGCCACAGCGACGUGUCGGGCGUGUUGCGCGCGCUGCAGGCGGCGGCGCGGCAGCUGCGGUCGCGCGCGGUCGACGAGCUGGUGCUGGAGGGCAACGCGCUGCCCGCGCUGCCCGGGCGCGCCUUCGCGCCGCUGCGCGUGCUGCGCCUCAUGCUGCGCGACAACGGGCUGGAGCGCGUCGCGCCCUCCUGGCUGGCCGGGCUCCAGGACUCGCUGCUCGAGCUCUUCCUCGUCGAGCCCGCGCUGCGCUCCCUGCCCGCAGACUCGCUGCUCCACAUGCGCUCUCUCGAGGCGCUCACCGUACAGGCGGGCGGCGUACGGCGGGUGCCGCAGCUGUCGGGGCUGCCGCGGCUGCAGUACGUGUCGCUGGAGUGCCCGGCGCUGGAGCAGCUGCACGUGUCGGGGCUGCCGGCGCUGUCGGAGCUGCAGGUGUCGGGCGCGCCGCGGCUGUCGCGGCUGGAGGAGCGCUCGCUGGGCGCGCUGCCGCGCCUGCACACGCUCAACGUGUCGGCGUGCGGCCUGCGCUGGCUGCACGCGCGCUCCCUGGCCGGCGCGCCCGCGCUGCGCCGCCUGCUGCUAGCAGACAACCGCCUGCAGGACGCCGCGCUCGUCGGCCGGGCCGCCAGGGCGCUGCCCGCGCUCGACACGCUCGUGCUCGACCGCAACCUCUUCGACCGACUGGGCGAGGCGACGUUCGUGGACCUGACGUCGCUGCGCGAGCUGCGGCUGGCAGACAACCGCAUCGAGGAGGUGCAGCGCGGGGCGUUCCACCGCGUGCCCGCGCUACGGGUGCUCGACCUCAGCCGCAACCUGCUGCGCCGCAUCCACCCGGAGGCCUUCCUGCAGGGCUCGGGGAAAGCGGGCGUAGAGGAGCUGUACCUGGAAGGCAACCAGCUGUCGUCGGCGAGCGAGCUGCGGUCGGCGCUGUCGCAGCUGCCGCGGCUGCGCUUCCUGGACGCCAGCGGCAACCGCGUGUCAGAGCUGGAGGGCGGCGCGCUGCAGGGCCACGGCGCGCUGGAGCAGCUGCACCUCGAGCGCAACGGGCUGCGCCGGCUGCACCGCGGCGCGCUGCGAGCCCUGCCCGCGCUGCGGGAGCUGCGCCUGCGCAACAACUCGCUGGCCGGCGCCGUCGACGCCCCCUUCUGGGACCUGCCCGCCCUCAAGGGCCUCGACCUGUCCCUCAACUUCUUCCCGCGGCUGGACGAGCGGCUGCUGGCCAACGUGCCGGCGCUGCGCCGGCUCGACGUCAGUGGCAACAUCAUCGCAGACGUCGACCCCACGUGCUUCCUGGACACCCCGCAGCUCGAGAGCGUCAACCUGUCCGGCAACGCGCUCGUCCACAUCCACCCGGUCACCUUCCGCAACCUCAACAUGCUCUUCGAGGUCGACAUGGCCAGGAACCGACUGCUGGAGCUCCCUGCGCAGCUGCCACAGGGCCUGGAGCACCUGCACGCGGCCAGCAACCAGCUGUCGUCGAUGCCGGCUCUGGCGCUGCCCGCGCUGCGCAGCCUGGACCUCACGGCGAACGCCCUCUCCAGCAUGCCCGACAUGCGCCGGCUGCCCCACCUGCGCAAGCUCCACCUGGGCCAGAACCUGCUGCAGCACCUGCGCAGCACAGAUAUGGAUGCCCUCGCCAGCCUCGAGGAGCUCGACCUGCACGAUAACCGGCUGGUGAGCGUGGAGUCGCUGGGCGGCGCGGCGCGGCAGCUGCGCUCCCUGCAGCUGCGCGGCAACCGCCUACAGCACGUGCCGGCCGCCAUGUUGCGCGGCGCCCGACUGCUGCGCCACUGCGACCUCAGCAGGAACCACAUCGCCACCGUCGACGAGGACGCGCUCGCCGACACCAGGGACCUGGAGACGCUGGACAUGUCGCACAACGUGCUGGAGGAGCUGCCGGAGGCGGUGGCGCGGCUCCCUUCGCUGCGCGCCCUCGACGCCAGCCACAACCGGCUGGUGGCGUUGCCCGCGCAGGGGCUCACGGCCGCAGGGCUGCCCGCAAUCACCGAACUCAGCCUCGCGCGCAACAGACUGACAUCACUGCGUGCUGGGGCAUUCAGUGGGCUUCCGCGUCUGUCGCUGCUGGACCUGGAGAACAACUGGCUGGAGAGCGUGGAGACAGGCGCGCUGUCUGACCUGCCUCAGCUAAGAGCCGUGCGCCUGGCACACAACCGCUUGCAGCAGUUGCCACGUGCUGCCAUGGCCGACCUCCCACAGCUGCGUUCAGCUGAGCUGCAGGAGAACUCCCUCUCUGACAUAGCUGAUGAAGCAAUAUACGGAGCGCCUCACCUAUUGCUGUUGAACCUGAGCCACAAUGCUCUGACUGGUCUAGAGAGAGCUGGUAUUAAGGGACUGAAGUCUCUUGAGGUCCUUGACCUCAGUAACAAUCAAUUGUCACAUAUUCCUGGAGGUUCAUUAACUGGAAUGGAUUGGCUAGUUGAACUCAAGAUGGACAACAACAGAAUAUGUGCGAUACAAGGAUCGCCCUUCAAUGAAAUGCCAAGGCUUCGCUUCCUCAGCCUCAGAAACAAUAAAAUGACAUCAUUUCCAGAACCAACUUUUAAAAAGCUAAGGAGCAAUUUUGCUGUGCUUGAUAUAGCUGGUAAUCCCAUCUCGUGUACCUGCAACUCACUUUGGCUUCAGAAUUGGAUGAGAGAAGCACCUGGAAGUGAUUUGUAUUGUUCCGAUGGUUCAUUGCUAAAGGAUGCAAGGCUGUCACGCCAAGAAUGUAAGGGAGAACAAAUAACUGAAAAAUUUGCACCAGGAUGUGACAGUGAACUGACAGCUGGAAAUUCUGUGCAAGGAACAUCUCAAGUAUUGUCUACUUGGGUUGAAAACUCUCCUACACAAGAGCCGCAUCCUUUGCCUCAAGAUUCUGGAUACUUUUAUGAUGAUUUUGUAGAAUACCAAUAUGAAGAUAUGAAUAAUACAGAAAAUAAUGCAAGCCUCUCAGCUACCUCUACAAGUAUAAACACUUUAACUCCUGGUUUUACCAAUCAAGAUGAUAGUCUGUCUUCACACUAUAUAUCUGGUGACACACCAACAUUUUAUGCGGGCACACAAAAUAAGAGAAACAAGACAAGUACUGAUGAUAUUGUUCCAAUAAAAAUACCACAGCAUGUGCCCCCAAGUACUAGUGGUAUAACAUUUUUUGGGAUUCCUCUACCAAGCCUUAGCCUUGGAGGACUGUGGGGUUCAUCAAGGAAAGCAGACUCAGGUCCUGCAGAGGUGAGAUUUGUUGGGGCAAGAGGGAAAGUGCACAUACCACCACCAACAGCACCACAAAUACAAAAUGGUGGCUUCAUACCAAUGUUGCCAGAAUCUGGUGGCUUCACACCAAUUGCUAACCCACAACUCAAACAGGAAAUGAGAGAAAUGUUACCUAGUAUUCAUUUAAAAACAAAUAAUACAACAAUUAAUCUCACUUCUCAGCAAAUGCCUAAUAAUACUUUGAUCUCACAACGAAACAUAUCAGUUACAAGUCACAUGGAAAAGAAAAUAACAUUACCACAGACACAAGAAGAUAAGAAAUUCAUUAGUCAAAAACAGAUGCUCCCAGCUGAUGAUAAUGAAAUGAAGAAGGUAACAGAGUUUAAAUCAGGAGAAAAUAUCAACCCUGAACUUCCACUUAAACCAGAUUUUAUGGAUCCACUCACAAUUAUCAGCAACUUUCCUCUAACAAAAGGACUUUUAUCAAGCAAGUCUGAGUUCAGUGAAAAAGACAGUCAGUUAGUGACUUACACUCACGUUAAUACUUCAUUGCCAAACCAAAGACAUAUUACGCUAAGUUCAAAUACCUCUGACAAUCAUGCUCUUUUAUCAAAGGAAGUGAAUUACAGCCAGCAAGUAUUACAACAGACAUCUGUACCAUCACAUUUUGGAACCCCAAAUAAUAUGCAGAAGAAAUCUCAACAUUCAUCAAUAAAACAGCAUGACCUAAUGGCUGACAAUAACCAAACAGCAGUGGUUUUAAAUAUGGCAAAAUUUUUGACUGAGACAUUUGCAACAGGGCCCUAUAAUAAUACUUCACAAACUACAACCUCAACACCAGGUUCAACAACUACAAGGAAUACACUGCAGCCAUUGCAAGGUGGCCUCUCAAUUGCAGCUGAUACUUCGGAAGAUUCAGUGAAAAUUUUGCAAGCGCCAUCAUCAUUGUCAAGUCUACUGAUUCCACAAGAGCCAUCGAGGCCACCUACAGGAAAAUCCACUAUCACAAAAGUCUUAACACCACCCCAGUUAUCUCCAGGUCCUGAGCCAGUAGAAGAUUACCUUCGAGGACCCAAACCAAACACAAAUCCCAGAUCUGCAGAAGAUCCUCCUGCAGUCAGACCACCAGCAGAGACUGUGUGGAGACACAAUAGUUCCAUAGACUGGUACUUCAGAAACUACAAUAAUACUGAGCUGGAACCCUAUGUCGGUCAUGGAAGAAGACGCAUGACUAACCAACAACCACGGGUUAAAACCUCUAUCCUUGUUCUGAUUCUAAUGGCAGUGCAUAUUAUGUGAAGAGAGUGUGUGAUCUCAGACAUUCUACACAGAGACAAAUUUCCAAUUGAAAAAAUUAUUUCUAAGUAAAAAAGAAGCUAUGUACAAAAUAAAAUUAAAGCCAUUGCAAAACAAAGCUAUGGCAGAUGAAUAAUAAAAGGAAUGUGAAUAUAUAAGGAACUCCACUACUUGCUUGUGUGCUAGUAUAGCUUUAUAUCUUUACUUUAUGAUGAUAUUUUUAUGGUGUUUUAUAUCAUGUUUAGCAUUAAUUUAAUAUUUCAAAAGUGCAAAGAGGCACUUUCACAACUGUAAUCUAGUCUAUGGACAGUAAUUUGUAUAAAAGGUGAUACCAGUGAGCUUUUCUUCAUACAGUAGCAACGUUAGUUUGGGAACAACAUCUGCCAAGAAUCAGAGUCAGAGGACAGAGCUGGAAGUGAAAGAACAACCUAAAACGCCAGACAUUUUGUUUAAUAAUUUAAUAUAAAUUGUAACUGCAGUCUUAACAUAAUUGUCCAUUAAAACUGAAGAGUUCA